AACUUCAAAAUCUUCCUCUUCUUUCUCAUUCAUAAACACUUCUUCCAGACUCUUACUUCUCUACACAUUUCUUGAUCUUUUACUUUUAUUUCCGACCAUGUUACUAGAAUCAGACGGCGAUAUGAGCUUAGAUACAACAAACUCGCCGAUUAGCAGCGGAACAGAGAGCUGCAGCAGCUUCAGCCGGUUAUCUUUCGACGCGCCGCCGUCAACCACCGCGACGAUCCCCGAGGAAGAGAGUCCCCUCUCUCUCAAACCCCACAGAUCCUCCGACUUCGCUUACUCAGAGAUCCGACGGCGGCGGAAAAACGGCCUAACGUUCCGAGAUUUCCACCUCAUGCGCCGCAUCGGCGCAGGAGAUAUCGGAACCGUAUACCUAUGCCGCCUCGCCGGAGACCAAAAAGAGAGCCGGAGCUCGUAUUUCGCGAUGAAAGUCGUGGACAAAGAGGCUCUCGCGAUGAGGAAUAAGAUGCACAGAGCAGAGAUGGAGAAAAAGAUCUUGAAGAUGCUCGACCAUCCCUUUCUGCCGACUCUUUACGCCGAGUUUGAAGCUUCGCAUUUCUCCUGCAUCGUCAUGGAGUAUUGCUCCGGCGGAGACUUGCAUUCUCUCCGUCAUAAACAGCCUCACAACAGAUUCUCCCUCUCUUCCGCAAGAUUUUACGCGGCUGAAGUUCUAGUGGCGUUAGAAUAUCUACACAUGUUGGGUAUCAUCUACAGAGAUCUCAAGCCUGAAAAUAUCUUAGUUAGAUCCGACGGUCACAUCAUGCUCUCUGACUUUGACCUCUCCUUAUGCUCCGACUCAAUCGCCGCCGUCGAAUCCUCCUCAUCCACGCCGGAGAAUCAACCCCGUUCUUCCCCGCGUCGGCUCACUCGUCUCGCUAGGCUUUUCAACCGCGUCUUGCGGUCCAAAAAGGUUCAGACGCUUGAACCGAACCGUCUCUUUGUGGCUGAACCGGUCACCGCCCGGUCCGGUUCCUUUGUUGGAACUCACGAGUACGUUGCACCUGAAGUUGCCUCCGGUGGGUCCCACGGAAACGCCGUCGACUGGUGGGCCUUCGGAGUAUUCCUCUACGAGAUCAUAUACGGCCGGACUCCGUUCGCCGCUCCGACUAAUGACGUCAUCCUACGUAACAUAGUGAAAAGACCGUUGAGUUUUCCGACGGAUUCUCCGGCGACGAUGUUCGAGCUUCACGCUCGGAGUUUGAUCUCCGGGUUGCUCAACAAGGAUCCGAGUAAAAGACUCGGGUCACGGCGAGGCGCGGCGGAGGUGAAAGUGCAUCCGUUUUUCAAGGGUCUAAACUUUGCGCUCAUCCGUACAAUGACUCCGCCGGAGAUUCCCUCCGACGUCAGAAGACCGAAGAAGUCGGCGACGUUUGGCGGUAGAGGUAGCAAACCAGCGGCGUUCGAUUUCUUUUGAAAACCAACGUUAGAGAUUUAGUUAGCAUCACCGAUCACGUGUUAGUCGGUUUAAGUCGGUGCCAGGUUUUUAGCGACUGCCUUGUGACGAUAGCUGUUUUAGCUGUACAUAUUCCCUUAAUGAUGUCCUUAAUUUGUUUUUUUUAAAUCGUUUAUCUGAGUUUUAAUAUUUAAAUCAGGUGAGUUCUCACGCGAUUUGUAUAAUAAACUGAUAAAUACUAAUCAUAUAUUGGGAACA